AUGGAAGGUGAAGAAUCAUCUUCAGGAACAAUUCAGGCUUCUUAUUCAUCGGUUGCCAAGAUUCAAGCAGCAUUGUUGGAGACAUUGACUGAGAGUCAUGUGAGAACUGAAGUGGAAGACUGCAUGAGCUCGAUGUUGCUCGAUGUCGAAACGACCUUCAAUCUUCAGCAACAGCUGAUGGCUCACUCCAAUCAGGUUCAGGUCGAUAGACUGUCAAAAGAACAAAGAGCAACGAUUCUUGAAGCCGAAUCUGAGCGAGUUGCUCGAGAACAAGAACGAAUGGAAUUAGCAGAUCACUUUGUGAAAGAAUUGUUGACGCUAAGUCGAGAAAUGGAAAAGAUAUUGCAGUGGAAGAAAGAACAUGAGCAUAAAGUGAAGUCGUAUGAUGAACUACUGGCAAAACUUGUCCAAGCUGAAGAAGAACUGGAAUCUGCGAAUCGAGUUUCGUACGGAGGAUCUCCCAAGGCUCGUCAGCCGGAAACAAUAGAAAAGGAAUCUUCCUUUUCUGCUCCUGAAGCCAAAGAAUCCGAAAAGAUCGAAGAAGGAACAGCACCAGCGGUUGCCUUACGUAUCGAUUCCGUUCCAGAAGAACCCAUUGUGAAGAAGCCAGAGGUGCAAGAAACAGAGGAAUCUGUCACACAAGGAACCAAGGAACUUCCAGGACAAAGUAGUGCGGAAAUCCCAGAAGAACCAUCGGAAGAGGACCAAAAGCCUACUGCAAAACUUACCCCACCAGUAGAGGAGGCAUCACCUGACAUAGCAGCGGCAGAUGUUGCUGUUGUCUUGGAAGAGGAAGAAGAUGAUGUCCCCAACCUCGUAGAGGUCGAUAUGGAAAUAUUGAUGAACAUUUUUGGGUACCUAGAUGCCAUGGACAUUUUGAACACGGCACAAAUCAAUAUUGAGAUGUAUACCAGAGUCGAUUCUAUUUUUGGUAUUGCUGAAGAUGGUCAUGCAAUGCCGCAACCCACUCCUUCCAAACCACCAGCUCCUGCUCCGACAGCGCCAGCCUCCAGUGCGGCACCCAGUGUUACCAAAACACCUCCAAUACCCCAGAAGCCGGCCUUUGCUUCAGCAGCAGAUACGGGGAGUGGUAUGGGACUGUUUUCAUCAAUACUCCAACCACGACCGCCAACUACCCGGCCUAAUGCACCACCAGCCAAAUCUGGUCGCCCUCAGGCUUUGAAUGGAAAUAUGGCUAAGUCCAUGGCAUCGAAGCUGAGUGACGCUGAAUUGGCUGCUAUCAUCUCCAUGACGGAGAAGCUCUCAAAGCUAGAUAAGGAGGUAAAUAUGCUACGGAACGAAAAGGAAGCAUUGACCGCCAAACUAGAUGGAACUGAAAACGUCAAAAAGUUUCUGAUCGCCAAAGUGCGAGACGUUGAGAUCAAAUUGAAACAGCAGGAGGAUGAGGAUGUCAAAAUCACCAAGCAGGUCGCAAGCGACCAGGAGGUGAUUGCAUUUUUGGAUAGUCGAGUGCAAGAGCUGGAACGUUCCACAGAGCAAGUGACAACCGAACGCGCAUUGGCGCAGAGCGAAUUGGAUUCACUAAAGGUAUCUAGUUCCAAAAAGGCAAUAAUGCUGAAUGACAUGCUCAAAUAUGAACGUGAAAAACUUAGAGAAGAAGAGUCCGAGUGGAAAGCAACGAAAAAGGUUCUGGUCAAGGAAGUGAAGAGCUGUCGAGCCCAGAUUCUUGCACUACAGGCAGAGCGCGAUGGCUUCAAGGAACAAAAUGAAAUGCUGAAACGAGCUAUCGUAUCUACUGGUAAAAAUCAUGCCAGCCCAAUGAAAUAG